UCCUGUGACGUCAGCGGGUGUCUGAGAACCGAUUCUGGUGCCAGGAACUGGGGCAGAGGAAAAGAGGAAACCUGGAGGGAGUUGAGGAACUGCACAAAACAACAGAAAUCAUAUUGGAUAUAUUUCAUCACCUAGCUAUGGCUACAAAGACACACAAGUAACAGCGUGCAUUUCCAGACAUGGUGGCUGUCUGCUAUGCGGCGAGAUAGCUAAUCUGGCUUGGCCCUUCGAAGUUUUGGAAGAAGUUCACAGUAGAACGGCUACCAUUAACGUUACCACCGGGUCUGUCUUCUACCUCUGGUUCUGGUUCUACCCAAUAGAGAGAAAACAUGGUCUCCUGGAUGAUUUCGAGAAGCGUCGUGCUGGUGUUUGGGACCCUGUAUCCAGCAUACUACUCUUAUAAAGCCGUCAAGACCAAAAAUGUCAAGGAAUAUGUGCGAUGGAUGAUGUACUGGAUUGUGUUUGCCCUCUACACUGUAGUGGAGACGGUCACUGACCUAACACUGGCGUGGUUUCCUCUGUAUUAUGAACUGAAGAUAGCCUUUGUGAUCUGGCUGCUGUCUCCAUACACCAGAGGGGCGAGUCUCAUUUACAGGAAGUGUCUGCAUCCUCUGCUGUCCUCCAGGGAGCGGGAAAUAGAUGAGUACAUUGUGCAGGCCAAAGAGAGAAGCUACGAGACCAUGGUGAACUUUGGCAAGCAGGGGCUCAGCAUCGCAGCCACCGCCGCUGUUACCGCAGCUGUGAAGGGUCAGGGUGCCAUCACAGAAAAGCUGCGCAGCCUGAGCAUGCACGACCUGACGCAGAUAAGCCAGCAGGAUGACCGAGGAAACCCGCUGUACGAGUACAGCUCCCGCUCAGCCAACCCUGCCAUGAGGAGAGCCCAGAGCACCGACGCCACGGAUGGAGCAGAGUACUAUUAUGACCAGGAGGACAGGUCAGACGACGAGCCUGAGCCCACAUUCUCUGAAGACGAGGCGGUCACUCAGAAAGGCCUGAGGCGGUCUCAGAGCGUCAAGAUCACCCGCUCCAAAGUCCGCAAAGAUACUCGUUAUGGAUCUCUGAAGAUUAAAGGCAAGAAGAGACCAGCGCUGACCUCUGUCAACUAUGGAAUCUGAGAGCGCUCCUGCUGACGUACACCCGGCUGAGUGGGUUGCCGAGUGCUGGAUGACAUCGUCUGUCUGUGUUCUAGCUGUUCUCAGUCUAAAUUCUCACUGUGCUGCCAACAUAUUUAUUACCUACUUCACACCACGCAACAGACAAGAUCUUGCUGUUGGAGAACUUUUAAUGAUUGUCGUUGAGUUGGUGGAGUACAUAAUGUGUUCUGCAUGGAUGUGGUGUGUUUUAUGUGUGUUAUCAAUAUUGUGUUUAGUUGUGAUAUUCUUAUGAAUCGUUUUUAGCUCCAUCCUAUAACUUGGCAUUCAUUAUGAAAAGGUUAUAAACUGAAAUGACCAUUCGUUUAAUCAUAUACUAAUAUUCUAUAGCGUCUUAUUGGUCCAAGUUACAUCCAGUUUCAGUAUAAGGCCUUUAUUUAAGAAUUGCCUUUUUAAAUGUGGUACCAGUUUUGUUUCUGCUGCCUUUCAGGUAAUUUAUCAAAGAGCAACGCACUCCUGGGGAUCUUUGACACUACACGUCUGUUACUGUCUGUAUGGCUCAGUGUCUUUCAAGUCACAUUGCGACAUUCCUUUCUUUUUGUUUUUUGUUUUUGACGUGGUGACUCUAGGAGAGCCAGCGCCACAGCAGGACACCAGCGCUUUCAAGCUGAACCCAAGCAGAGAAGUGAAGUUGAAUAAAAGAGUUGUGGACUUGAGGCGGUUUGAGUGAAACAGACUUGAAUCAGUCUUAAAGCAGAGAGUGAACACUGUUCCUCCAGCUGUCGGGGUGUGACACGGACCAGCAGUGAUGAGAAAACUAAAGCCAGCCUUUUGUAAAGCCACACAGCCCCUUACUACCCAAUAAUACCUACAGCUUAAAAUGCUCCUAUUUUUACUUCGUGUUUUUAUGUACCUGUGGCUCCUAAGCACAUCCCUGGUUGUAAAUUUCUCUCUAUUUUGUAGUAUCCGUGAAACUUGGGAGAUUUUUAUUGUUUGGGUCUUUUUAUAUUGUAAUCGUGUUUUUGCACAUAUACUUCCAAAUAUUUUCGUCAGUGCUGCACUGUAGUUGCCUGUCAUCUCAUUUCGUCCUAUGCUGUGGGAGGAUGCAGCAGUGAGUUACACCCUGCUUGAUGGUUGUGAAUACUAAAGGCCUCUACAGCGACGAGUCAGUUCUAGUUUCUCUGGCAGAAACGAUGAUUCAUCACUACAUCUGUGCGGCACAACCUCUGCUCACCUGUUUGUAUUCUUGCAAACUGCGUUGCUGAUACAAAUCUAGUACAGGUUUUGAGUUCAGCACAGGCUCCUGGUCAGGAAACCAGGGCCUUGUUUUGUUUAUGCCCUGUAAUGCUUCUAACUGACUAAUGACACCAAAGCGUCACACAGAGUCGUGUGGUUGGGGUUUUCUGCUCUGUGGAGGUAAAAAUGUCAGGUGUGUGGAUGUUAACUGCAAAAAAAUAAAAGCUGCCUGAACAAUAAGGGCAACAAAUGUU